AUUUCUUUCUUAUUUUCUAAUCCUUCCUCAAGCUAUGCUAAUUUAUCACCCACAUAUUUUUUUCUCUUCCCUCCCCUCCCUUUGCCUAGAGAAUGACGUCCACUAAGGGUGAAAUGAUGGAAAGUAUAUUCAUAGACAUGAUUUCCAUUAAAUAUCAAUUAACCUGAGAGCCUCAGCCAUGCAUGCAGUGCGUCAAGGGUAAAUGUACAUCUCAUUUCCAAACGACCUGCUGGGCUGGAAAAUAGUUUUGAUUCGCUUUGAUAACACCUAGGAUUUUAGACUACUUGUAUGCAUUUUAAUGAAACUACUUUCAAAUUUCCAAGCAAAAACUCACGGCCAGAGCAUACAAUGUGCCCAUUUCCUUGGACACAUACGAAUGUUUCCGGACUAUAUACUGGAUUAUUUUGUAUACUUUUAGUACAGUACAAAAUAAAAAGAGGGUUCUCUAUGGCAUGUUACAGGAGUUCAGGGGAUGGUUUACUUUGUGCCUUCUGUGAGUGACCUACUCGUCUCUCCCAAGUGUAAGGCUCUGCCUUUCCCCCUUUUCCUGCCUCUGGGACUUGCCAUUCCCAUCCCAUCAGGGAGGGACAGUAAGCCCUUGGCAGUGCUACUUUAUGGGCCUCCUUUAAGGCCAGCGGAUGUAUCCCUUUCUAGGGAGUGAGUUGUCCCGUUGAGCUUCAGUGACCUUCUCUCGAAACCACUGUAUCAUUCCGCGUUGGUUAUCUCGGCUCUCAUCUCUCUGCCUCUCCGCUCAGUGGCGUUGUGCAAAAAUGCCUUGCCAGAGCGCACAUAGGCGGCAGCCGCGGCGGCGGCGGGAGUUGUGGGAGGGGAGAGUGGGGGGGUUAUGUGAGGGAGGAGGUGAGGGGUGGCGGUGAAAGUUUUUUUUUUCCUUUUGCCUCCGGUGUAGCAAAUGUAAACUGAAGCCAAAGAUCCCCCCCACCCCCACCCCUGCGCUUAGGUGCACUUUUUUCUUUUUUUUUUCCUUCUUUUUUUUUCCCCUAGUACGCUCAGGGCCGCCUUGUGCCUAAUAGGAAACAGUGGAGGCAGCGGGGCAGGUCACCCGGGGCGCCGCCGAUUAUAUUGGAGCCCCGGCCGCUGCGCGCUUGGAGAGGCAGAGUGAGUGGCGCGCGGGGCAGAGCUAGGAGGGCGCGCGGGGGCUGGGCGCAGCCGGGCGGCCGCGCGGGGGCCCCAGACCUAGAGAGUGAGCGCGAAAGCCACAGCGGCGCGCGACGGCAGGGGAAUGAACGUCCAGGCUUAAAGCCCUUCGGCUCCGUGGCCCUCGGAGGUGGCAGCGACGUAGCGGCGGCGGCGGCGGCAAAAGCACCACAAGAGGCACUCGGCCGCUCCCUCGCGCUUCCUCCCGCGCGCUCUCCCCUCCCUGCUCGGGGCCGCCCUUUCGCGCCGCAGUCGCCGCCGCCGCCGCCACCGCCCCAGCCCUAGAGCGCGCCGCUCGUCCCGAUGAGCUCCUACUUUGUGAACCCGUUGUACUCCAAGUACAAGGCGGCGGCGGCGGCGGCGGCAGCAGCGGCGGCGGCGGCGGCGGGCGAGGCCAUCAAUCCCACUUACUACGACUGUCACUUUGCACCCGAUGUCAGCGGCCGCCACGCCGCUGCAGCCGCCGCGGCCCUGCAGUUGUAUAGUAACAGCGCCGCCGGGUUCCAGCAUCACCACCAUCACCAUCAUCACCACCAGCCGCAGCAGCAGCCGCCGCAGCAGCAGCCUCACCCGGGAUCCACUAGCGGCGGGGGCGGCGGCGGAGGGGGCCCGGACUAUUAUCAUCCCGCCGGGGGGAGCCCGGCCUCAGCCUACCAGCCGGCCCCCCCUCCUCCUCCGCAUCCUCCUCCUCCUCCGCCUCCUCCUCCUCCGCCGCCUCCCCCCUGCAGUGGGAUUGCCUGUCACGGGGAGCCCGCUAAGUUUUACGGAUACGAUAACUUACAGAGACAGCCGAUUUUUACGACCCAGCAAGAGGCCGAGCUGGUACAAUAUCCUGACUGUAAAUCGUCCAGUGGUAAUAUUGGCGAGGACCCAGACCACUUAAAUCAGAGCUCGUCUCCUUCUCAAAUGUUUCCCUGGAUGAGACCACAAGCAGCUCCUGGUAGGAGGAGAGGAAGACAAACGUACAGUCGUUUCCAAACGCUAGAGCUGGAAAAGGAAUUCCUUUUUAACCCUUAUCUGACCAGGAAGAGAAGGAUUGAGGUUUCCCACGCUCUAGGACUCACCGAGAGGCAGGUAAAGAUAUGGUUUCAGAACAGGAGAAUGAAAUGGAAAAAAGAGAACAACAAGGACAAAUUUCCAGUUUCCAGGCAGGAGGGAAAGGAAGGGGAAACAAAAAAAGAAGCACACGAUCUGGAAGAGGACAGAGCUGAGGGCCAGACAAAUUAACUUAUGCCUUUAAAUUUUUACCGUAGACUAUUAAAAAUAAUGAUCAACAUAUGCUGGUGAAUGCCACUUGUUUUUUGUUGUUAUUGUUGUAAAGGGUCUACCUGUAUUCCAGGCUACCGUAAUGUCACUGUUCUUGAUGUUUCUUUGCUUUGGGAGUUGUUUGGGUUUUUUUUUUAAAAUUCAGACACAGCAUAGAAACAAUUAAGCUGUACUUUACGUGGAAAUUUGAUAUUGACUUUGUAGCAAUAUUUUAAAAUUGUAAUUUUUAAUAUCCAAGCUGGUGAUUUGCCUCAACAACAUAAACUUCCUAAUGAUAAGCACGAGAAAUUGAACCUAAAAAUGCUUUAUUAAUCGAAACAAGUGCACUUGAACAUUUUAAAUUUUUUUUCUUGUGGUGAGUAAAUUAAAAUAAAUCUAUUAAUUUUUUGAAGAAAUUAUGCAGCAGAAUAUUUACUUUAUAUUAUUUGAUUAAAAUAAAUGUAAAAUGUUUUAUUUAUGUUUUUUUUUCCCUUACCGCUUUUGUAAUGAAUGGCUUUGGUGCCUUUUGUUUACUCCUAAAGAUUCUUUUUUUUUUUUUUUGCAUUUAUAUAUAUAUAAUAUCUCGGGGAAAAGUUUGGGCCAAAUAUCUUAAAAGCACAACAUUAGCUGCAAAAGUGCACUCUAUAUAUAGUCUUGGGACUUGCAAAAGCACUUAAGUUUAUGGAAACUGUACCGGUGACGAAAGUUUUACUACAACGUCAAAGUUGACAAUUAAUCUUUUCCUAAAGUCCAUGCAAAUUGUGCCAACUAAAUCAUCUAAUGAAUGAAUACUUGAAAAGCAAAUGAUAUUCUUGAUCACUAUUCGCACCGGGCCAGUGGCACGGUUAAAUACUGCUCCCCCCUGCCCCCAACUUUCCUCCUACUUUCAAUUUGAACCGCUAUUGUAAUUUCCUUAAGUCGUUUCUUUGUACCAACUCCAUGGUUUUUCUUUGUUUAUAGAGUAGGUGCCAUAUUUAUUUGUAUUACCUGCACUCUGUUCAUGAAAUCAUGUUGAGCCAACUGAAAACUACAUCUUCGCUUGUGUUGACUGGUACGUCUUCAUGUUUGUUUCAUCCAUGAAAACAAUGGCUCCACCUAUUUGAAAUGAACACUUUGAGGAAACAUCUAAAAUGCUUGUGUAACAGCCGCUAAUAGAACAUAUCUAUCCCUUCAAUAAAACAAAACAAAACAGGAAA